GUGGGAGGAUUUGGACAUUGAAUUACCAAACACCAAGAUGGCGAGAAAACAAUUACGUAUCAUACAAUUGUCAAAAGCACUGUAAAGGAGGUAGCCCAUGUAUGUAUGGAAUUCAUGCAUGCAUCUACCCGAGUGACAGCGUUGAUCAGUAAAAGGGAAGUGAUUCUUCAAAGGAUAACAUUUGGAUCACAGCUUUGCACUGAAGGAAAAGUAAGAGAUGGAGUCGAACAAGAAGAUGGAUCCUCUGGCCGGCAUAAAUAAACAGAGAGUGAUUAUGGUCACUUAUGUGAUAGCCGCUAUGGACAUCACAUGGCUUUUCCUUCAGUUUUCUAUAACACCAUAUUUGGCCAGAAGGCUUGGUUUCGACACCUUGUGGUUUGGCUAUCUUCAAACUACAGUAGGGAUCAUCCAGCUCCUUGGAGGGCCCAUAUUCGGCAGGUUUGCUGACCUGUUUGGGGCACGGGCCGCUCUGUCUGUGUCCUGCAUGGCAUCGGUGGUCUACUUUGUGCUGCUGGCAAUGGCAGACAGCACCGCAAUGCUCUUCAUUCACAAACUCCCCGCAGUGUUCAUGCAUGUCCUUCCAGGGACUCAGAUGGUGGUGGCGGACCUGACGGAGCCGGAUAAGAGGGCUGAUGCUCUGGCCAAGCUGGGCCUGUGCUUUGGGAUCGGGAUGAUCACGGGCUCCACUCUAGGGGGCACUCUCAGCACGCGCUAUGGGGAGGGAUAUGCUGCUUGUACGGCUGUUGUUGGGAGCUUUAUCAGUUUGCUGUUGGUUUUGAAGUUCAUCCCCAAACACACUAAAGCACAGAGCGCACAGGACCAGAAUAACAAGAACCGCUCCGUCUUUAACCUGGGUGACAUCACCAGGCUCAUGAAGUAUCCUGGAGUGGCGAAGACCUUUAUUGUCAAAAUCGCCUGCGGCCUCCCCUCAGGUAUCUUUCAGGUCAUGUUCUCCAUCAUCGCCAUCAAUUUCUUCCAGUUGCAAGCUGAGCAGAAUGGCUACCUGAUGGCCUACUUUGGUGUGAUGCAGAUGAUCAUGCAGGGGGCUGUGAUAGGACGCCUGACAGCCAGAUACUCUGAAAACAAUCUGCUGCUACUGUCUAUUGGGGUGUCCAGUGUGGUGGGCCUGGCCCAGGCACUCAUGGCCAACGUAUUCCAGUUCUGUAUUAUUGUCAUUCCCAUGAUGUUCUCCCUGAGCAUGUUCGGUGUAAUCACAGACAGCAUGCUCACCAAGAGCGUACCCUCAUCAGACACAGGCACUAUGAUGGGGCUGUGUGCUUCAGUGCAGUCCUUUAUGCGCACAGUUGGCCCUACCAUCGGAGGCUUCCUAUAUGAGAACUACGGCGUGCCUUCAUUUGGAGUCAUUGAGUGUGUUGUAAAUGGUGCCAUCUUUCUUUUCCUUUUCAAGGACAGAAAAACAGGAGAACACAGAGAGUAAUCACUAGAAUAUAUGACAGUGUUUACAAUGACAUCGUCUCUAUAGAGACCAGAAACUCAGGCAUUCUGUACCGCAAAACUGUGAUGAUAGCCUACAUGAAAUGUGUAAAAAGAGUAAAUGUUUUACUUUUUCUUACCUGUACACCCAAAAUCCCCAGCUAGAAUGAUAACAUAAAUCAUAACCUGUACUGUUAUUAUAUACUGUAAAUGAAAACAGAAUUGUUAUAUGUAUUGGCAGAGAUUAUUGAGAUGAUUGUAUUCACAGCCUUGAUGUAUUUUCCUUAUAUUAAACACCUAUGUUGUAGUAUGAAUUUGAAUGACUCUGUUGUUAUGAGUGUUUGACAGAUGUGUAGGCUACAGGUUUUUUAGUUAUGGCUGCUGGUGCUGUGUGCAGAAUGGCCAGUUUGAGUCUGAAGGGCCAUGAAGAUAGGGCGUGAGCAUCAAAAGACACACCUUGCGGUCCAAAGCACUUCGGUGUUGGCACAGACACCUUUGAUUGAUAAGAUUUUACUGCCUUAGUGACUCACAGGAUGUAGUAAGGAGUAAAUGGAGUAAAAGUGCUGUCACAGUGAUGAUAUGACUUCUGUACAGGUAUUUUAGUUUAUGACUAUAAAUGGCACUAUACUUUUUUUGUGAUAGAAACCCUUUCAAAAUUAGUACUUGUUUAGAGACUGCACUGUACAAAACAAAUCAGUAAGUCAUGUAUGGUUUUGUAGAAAAGUCAUUUAUUUAAAUAAAUAUUUUGAAAUACGAAAUAAAUUAAAACAUUAAAAUGUAAUGUUUGAAAUGUUCAUGUCUUUUCAUGAAUGAAUAAAUACAUACAUAUGUGCACGAAAGCAUUCUUUCAUUAAAUAUGUCUUGCAUUU